CAGAAGGGGGAGGAGGAGGUGGAGGGGCAGAAAGAGAAGAAUUUCCCAGAUGAGAUGGGGGAAACAGAGGAAGAGCGGGAUGUGACCACAUAUACAGAGGAGGAUUCUGAAGAGACAGAGGACAGAGAGCAGGAGAAAACACCCAGCAGCCACCAGGAGAAAUAUGGGGAGAGGAUGAGAGAGGGGGAGAGGGAGGGGGAGAGGAUGAGAGAAGGAGAGAGGGAGGGGGACAAGAUGAGGGAGGGAGAGAGGGAGGAGGAGAGGAUGAGAGAGGGAGAGAGAAUGAGAGGGGGAAAGAGGGGUGACCGAGACAGGGAGGACGGUGAGGUCUGCAGAGUGCAGGAACAAACCUUCAGUCGCCAGCGGAAGGAGGAGAGGAUGAGAAAGGGAGAGAGGGAGGGGGAGAGGAUGAGAGAAGGAGAGAGGGAGGAGGAGAGGAUGAGAAAGGGAGAUAGAGAAGACAACGAUAGAGCGGAAGUUGAGAUCUUCUCUAUAGGGAACUGUAACACCCAUGAGGACAGUAAGAUCUCAGUGUGUGUCUCAGAGUCCCCACAAAGGGCCCCCUAUAGGGGAAGUGGAGGGGGAAGGGAUUGGACUUGUGAGGCCCCUCAAAGGGCCCAUAAGGAGGUGAAGAGACAGGGGAAGGGAGGAGGACGGGGAGGAAGGAGUGAGAGGGGAGGUGUAAGGAGUGGAAGGGAAGGAGGAAGGGUCGUGAGGGAGACUGACAGGGAGGAAUAUGCUGGCCAGAUAGUGUCUGAGAUGAAGGUAUACAUGAGUAGCAGCAGCAGUUCAGAGACACAGGACUGCAGAGAGGCUGCCUUCAGGCCCAGACCACCAAGGCCUAGGCCCAGGCCUAGAUCCGGGCCCAGCUCCAGCACCCCACACCCUCACCAGACACAACCCCACACUCAGCAGGCCAAGGCCCGCCCGAAACAAGCCUACCAGACCCACACCUACAUGACAGAGGUCCAUACCCUCCCGAAACAGGUCCACCAGACCCACACCUACCUGACAGAGGUCGAUCCCGUCCCGAAACAGGUCCAGAAUCACCAGAUGCAGGCCCAGAGCGACGUCCGACAGAACCAGCAGACAAAGACACAGAACUGCAGAGAAGGUGCUAUCAGGCCUAGACCCAGAUCUGGCCCCAACACACCACACCCUCACCCCCCACAGAACCCGGCCCAAAUGCAGCACAUCCAGGCCCACCAAAUCCAGGCCCAGUAUCGACAGGCCCACCCGACACAGGCCCAGACCCACAAGAGACAAGCACCCACCCACCCGACACAGGCCCAGACCCACAAGAGACAAGCACCCACCCACCCAACACAGGCCCAGACCAAGCAGCACCACAGAGAGAGUCCCGUCAGCCCCAGCCACAGCCCUAGGCCCACCUCUGAUAGCCCUAUGCCCAUCUCUGAUAGCCCUAUGCCCAUCUCUGACAGCCCUAUGCCCAUCUCUGACAGCCCUAAGCCCACCUCUGACAGCCCUAGGCCCACCUCUGAUAGCCCUAUGCCCAUCUCUGACAGCCCUAGGCCCAUCUCUGACAGCCCUAGGCCCACCUCUGAUAGCCCUAUGCCCAUCUCUGACAGCCCUAUGCCCAUCUCUGACAGCCCUAAGCCCACCUCUGACAGCCCUAGGCCCACCUCUGAUAGCCCUAUGCCCAUCUCUGACAGCCCUAGGCCCAUCUCUGACAGCCCUAGGCCCACCUCUGAUAGCCCUAUGCCCAUCUCUGACAGCCCUAGGCCCAUCUCUGACAGCCCUAGGCCCACCUCUGAUAGCCCUAUGCCCAUCUCUGACAGCCCUAAGCCCACCUCUGACAGCCCUAGGCCCACCUCUGACAGCCCUAAGCCCAUCUCUGAUAGCCCUAGGCCCAUCUCUGACAGCCCUAGGCCCAACUCUGACAGCCCUAGGCCCACCUCUGACAGCCCUAGGCCCACCUCGCCUCCCAGCCACAAUGCUCAGACACAGGACCACACUCCCCACACCCGACAGACCGAGCAGCAUUGCAGAGAGAUCACCACCAGUCGGAGCGCCAAGCCUCCCACUCCUCUCCUCCAGGUCCAGACCCAGACCCAGGUCCAGACCCAGACCCAGGUCCAGACCCAGACCCAGGUCCAUAUCCAGCAGCCUCGCAGAGACAGCACCACCAGCCCCAGCCCAAGGCCCACUUCUGACUCCUCAUCCAGCCUGGACAAACAUCCCAGGGCUAUAAAACCAUCAACAUCAACAGCUCCACCAGCUUCACACCACAACACAGAGCCACAGAGGGAGUCCCCAGACGACAGACAGACACGGACGCAGACACACAAACAGAUGCCUCACGACGUCUCAGAGCAGCAGCCUGGCAGGCCCCACUGCCCAGAGCCUCAGACCCUACAGGAGGACAGCAACAGCACACCUCAGCCUGAACCAACACAGAACAACGCUUCGUUCCCCAGCUUCGUGGAUGUCCCAGGUCCGUGUGAGCCCGAGGACCUGAUCGAUGGGAUCAUCUUUGCUGCUAACUACCUGGGUUCCACCCGGCUGCUGUCUAACAAGAACCCAUCUAAACGAACACGCAUGGCCCAGGCGCAGGAGGCUGUCAGCCAGGUCAAGAGCCAAGAUGGAGACUCUCAGACGGUGACAGAAGUGGACCUCUUCAUCUCCACCAAGGCAGUCAAAGUGCUGAAUGCUGAUUCACAGGAGACGCUGAUGGACAGUGCGCUGCGGUCCAUAUCCUACAUCGCAGACAUCGGGACCAUCGUGGUUCUGAUGGCUCGUACCCGUACGUCAGACUCGUCCUCGCAGGACCGUAGCGAAGCUGAUCUCUCCUCCUCAGAGGGACAGAGACAGUACAGAAUGAUCUGCUAUGUCUUUGAGUCAGAGGAUGCCCAGCUCAUUGCCCAGUCCAUCGGCCAGGCGUUCAGCGUUGCCUACAGGGAGUUCCUCCGAGCCAAUGGGAUCAACCCUAAGGACCUGAGUCAGAAACAAUACAGUGACAUCAUCAAUUCCCAGGAGAUGUACAAUGACGACCUGGUCCAUUUCUCAAACUCUGACAACUGUAAAGAGCUGGAGUUGGAGAAGCAGAAGGGAGAGAGCCUAGGUGUGGUGAUAGUGGAGUCUGGCUGGGGCUCCAUCCUGCCUACGGUGAUCCUAGCUAACAUGUUGAACAGCGGCCCGGCUGCCCGCUCUGGGAAACUCAGCGUCGGCGACCAGAUCAUGUCCAUUAACAACACCAGCCUGGUGGGCCUGCCGUUAGCGACCUGCCAGAGCAUCAUCAAGGGUCUGAAGAGCCAGGUUCAGGUGAAGCUGAGCAUUGUGAGUUGUCCUCCUGUCACCACCGUCCUCAUCAAGAGACCUGACCUCAAGUUCCAGCUGGGCUUCAGUGUUCAGAACGGCAUCAUCUGCAGUCUGAUGCGUGGAGGUAUCGCGGAGCGAGGAGGGGUGCGAGUCGGCCACAGGAUCAUUGAGAUCAAUGGGCUGAGUGUGGUUGCCAUGCCGCAUGAGAAGAUAGUACAGACCCUGUCUGUAUCAGUGGGAGAGAUCAACAUGAAGACCAUGCCUGCAGUGAUGUUCAGACUGUUAACAGGGCAGGAGAUUCCCGUCUACAUUUAGUCUCUCCACGUCAGAGUCCUAAAUGACACCCUAUUCCCUAUGUAGUGCACUACUUUUGACCAGGACCGAUAGGGUUCUGGUCAAAAGUAGUGCACAAUGUAGGGAAUAGGGUGCAAUUUGGUGACGCACACCUUACCUGCAUCUCUUUCUGUGUACUCGCUCACUGCUUCUGCAUGUCUAGGAGAAGUUGAACAGACAGGGUGAUUGACAGGCAGUGGAGCCAUGUCCUCCGAUUUACAGUGACACCAGCCUCCACUGGUGCAGGGUGAUACAUUAGCAAAGUGUAUCUUUCUAUCGUGUUAUUUUCCUGUUACUCUACUGACAGUUAUUACCACAGCACCAUUCCCGACUUAAAUAAGGCUUCUUUCCAAAUUCAUUGAUGAGCUACACGGUCAUAAUGGGUUGAAAUGUACAUAACAUAAGCUGUUCGUGGUGUGUGUGUGUGUGUGUGUGUGUGUGUGUGUGUGUGUGUGUGUGUGCGUGCGUGCGUGCGUGCGUGCGUGCGUGUGCGUGUGCGUGUGUUGUACAUGCAAGGUCUUUAUCGUUUUCUUACGACGAGAGAUUACAAACACGGCACAUUUUAUUUUCAAUUUAUUCCUUUAUUUAUUUUUAUUUUUAUUUUAUAACAUGCAAGGUUGAGAGACGUAGUCGUCCUGUAAAUAGUUUGUUUUAUAGGAGGACUGCUGAAACUGUAACUUGGUCUGUUCAUUGUAAACUGGGUGGUUUGAGACCUGAAUGCUGAUUGUCUCUGAUAUCAGACCGUAUACCAUGGGUAUAACAUCUUAACCAAUACAGCAUUGGACAAGGCUAUUCUUUAAUAGCAGGGCUGUUGUAGCCUGGUCUGUCGUUGGAGCGCCUCUCUGGCCAAUGCAUGACCACUACUUUAGGAGUUGGCAAGACAGCACAAACAGAUCUGGAACCAGGCUAGGGGGUAUUGAGCUACAGUCUAUUCCCUAUAUGGUACUCUACUGUUGAUCAAAACCCAUAUGGCUCCGGUCUGAAGUAGUGCACUAUGUAGGGAAUAGGGUUCGAUAGGGCUCUGGUCUGAAGUAGUGCACUAUAUAGGGAAUAGGGUUCUAUAGGGCCCUGGUCUAAAGUAGUGCACUAUAUAGGGAAUAGGGUUCUAUAGGGGCUCUGGUCUAAAGUAGUGCACUAUAUAGGGAAUAGGGUUCUAUAGGGCCCUGGUCUAAAGUAGUGCACUAUAUAGGGAAUAAGGUUCUGCAGGGCUCUGAUCAAACAUAGGGAAUCAAAUGUAGGGAAUAGGGUGCCAUUUGGUACGCAUGCUACAGUUGAAGUCAGAAGUUUACAUACCCCUUAGCCAAAUACAUUUAAACUCAGUUUUUCACAAAUCCUGACAUUUAAUCCUAGUAAAAAUUCCCUGUUUUAGGUCAGUUAGGAUCACCACUUUAUUUUAAGAACGUGAAAUGUCAGAAUAAUAGUAGAGAGAAUUAUUUC